AUGUCGCCAGAAGAAGCACAGCAGUCGUCAGGCCGUUCGCCGGCCGGUCGGCCGCACAAUCCGUGGACUGAGAGCACAGAGGAUCGUACAGCAUAUGAAUAUGAAUACACAGCAGCAGCAACUGGGGCGACACAUCCUGAUGACUCAACGCAGGACAUAAAAUAUAUGCCGCCGGCUUUGCAAGUGGGCCAUUAUCCGUCAACGGACGAUCACUGGGACCAAGCCGUUCAGCCAGCCUUGCGUCGUCAAAACGACGCCAAUGCCGAGUCACCUGUUCAUCUUCAAUCAAAGAAUCCAUUUCUCAAAACGCGCCGUGCCGAACAGAGUCAAGACUGGGUGAAUUCAGAUGAAUGGGAUGAUCAGGGUGGGCUCAAUUCUGCAAACCAUGACCACAUGCACCAAGCAGAUGGAUUUAUCCCGAUGACCGCGCGUCUUUCUAUAGGUGAUGACGCAGAAAAUAGAGUAUCUCCCUGGGCAAAUCACCAGUCUACUCGCGUGGACGCUCCUCGCCCAGUCUCCGUAAAUCCGCCUUACGAAGCUUCCCCUUGGGGCUCGCUGUCUACCAACAAUGUCUUGGGCUCCCAGAUUAUAUACGACGAGGAAGGUCGUUCGGCGACAAAUGCACAAAACCUCGUUCCACAACCCUUCCAUGCCGGGGGAAAGAGUGGGUUGCAACCACCCAGGGAAACGGACAGACCAGCAUCAGAUGCCGGCUUAAAGGCCCCGUCUUUGGUUUCCAGUGCCGCCUCAGCUUUGUCGCACGAAUUGAUUGAUCUUGAGGUCGUCGAUACCAAGACAGGACGAGGACACGGUUCCCAGCCAGGUGGUCCGGACGAUCUGUUCUUCGUAUCUGGGCAAGUGGUAGAUCAUGGUGAUGCAGUCGCCCAACAGCCUGAUUUACCGCCGAGUCACAUGUCGCAAGAUAGAGCUCCAUCUCUCCCACGCAGAAAACUCUCUCCUGCAGAAGAGGCCAGACAGAGGGAACAGCGAGCUGAAACGUAUACGAUCCGAAAAAUCAAUUGGACCAAUCACAAGGGUCAUCUUGUUCUGUCGCCUAUUUUGACGCAGAACAAGAAUGGCCCAUGUCCGCUACUUGCGCUUGUCAACGCGCUCGUUCUGAAAGCGGACCCCGACGCAGAACCGCCCAUUUUGCGCGCAUUGAAACGACGUGAACAGAUAUCGCUGGGGUUGUUGAUCGAGGCUCUUUUCGACGAGCUUACGACGUCUCUUGGGCCUACGGAUGAAUUCCCCGAUAUUGAGGUCCUCUCCCAAUUUCUGACGAUGCUGCACACGGGCAUGAAUGUCAAUCCCCGGCUGACCCUGGAAACAAUGACCUCCCUGGGUACUUUUCAGCAGACUCACGAUAUGCAGUCAUACAGCACCUUUGGUAUUCCUCUAGUUCACGGCUGGCUUGCCUCGUGGUCGAGUCCCGAACACGCCGCUAUGACCCGAUUGGCGCAAUACCAUGAGGACAUUCAACUCCUGCCAUUCCGUCAGCAAGAUUACGAGGAUCGUAUCAUGCGGGGGGACUCACUGACUGCCGACGAAGAACGGAUCAUGGCCGACAUUGAAACCAUCCAGAAUUUUGUCCAGAUUGAGAACGUCACCCAGCUGAGCCCCUUUGGUCUGACGCAGUUAUCGACCCAGUUAGCCCCAGGGUCGAUUUCCAUCCUCUUCCGCAACGAUCACUUUUCGACGCUGUACAAGCACCCGCAGUCUCAAAACCUUUACACGCUGGUGACCGACGCCGGCUAUGCCAACCAUGCCGAGGUUGUGUGGGAAUCGCUCGUUGACGUGACAGGUUUCAACUCCCAGCUGCUUGCUGGUGAUUUCCGUGUUGUCAGUCAUGAUCCUCCUCGCUCAGCAGGUUCUGAGAGUCCCGUUGGCCCUGCGGUCCCGCCGCGGCCGAACGUGACGACUUCCAUCUCCCCAUCGAGCGCUGAAACCCCCCGGCGACCUCUGUCUCGACAGGAACAGAGUGAUGCAGACUAUGCCUUUGCUCUGUCGCUACAGUUCCAAGAAGAAGAGCGGCGAGAACGCACCGAGGACCAGUCCAGCAGGGAUGUACCGACUGCGACCCCUCCGCCUCCUCGCGCUCAUCGCCACUCGGUGCCCGUUCGUUUCAGCGGGCCUGCAGUGCACAUGGACAACCCCCCUACCCGAACCUCCAGUACUGGCCUGCGAGCUCGGCCACCUCCGGGCUCUUCUGGCGCCAACGAUCCUCACGCCCCGCCCCCGCCGUAUGAACGAUCGCCGAGCGGCGCUCCAUUUUCGCCCUCGUCGCCCGCAGGUCCGACAUUUGAUCAAAUCGAUCCGUCUCUGUCAGGUUCUCGAAACCCGCGUCAACGAUACUCGCAGCCGGUCCCCCCGGGUCAUCGACAUGGUCACGAGCGACCGAAAAACAAAGACUGCAUUAUGAUGUGA